AUGAACAACCAUCUGCUUCCCUCCCCGUACAAUCUCUCACAACCACAAUCGUGGCUAGAGCGGUUAGUGUUGCCGCUAUGUGGUGUCCUAUUGGGAAGACCCACACAGUCUGCGGCCCAGAAACCAUCGACAAAGCCGAUUCCAUUGCAAAGCAGAGGGGGAGACCAUCCUCCAAUUCGUAUAAUAUGCAUCUCAGACACGCAUAAUGCUACUCCACCUUUGCCACCAGGCGAUAUCCUGAUCCAUGCAGGUGACCUGACAGCCCAUGGGACUUUCGAUGAGAUGCAAGCCCAGCUCUGGUGGUUAUCCUCUCAGCCGUAUACCCAUAAGAUCGUCAUCGCGGGAAACCAUGAUCUUGUUCUCGAUGAAGCAAGUGAGAUGAAAUUUCUUGCACGUGAGGGGAUCAGUGGCGCCAAACGAAGAGAAUUGGACUGGAGCGGGAUCCAAUAUCUGCAAGAUGAAGCAGUGACAUUGGAAAUACCGGUCAUGGGUCUCGCAGAGCCACAGAUGCGCAAGGUCAAAAUAUACGGAUCUCCGUUAACGCCGGAGUUUGGCGUUUGGGCCUUUCAGUAUCCUGCGAUCCGUGAUGUGUGGUCCGGGCGGGUCCCUGAUAAUACUGAUAUUCUGGUGGUGCAUGGGCCUCCGGCUCUGUAUGGUGACUGUGAUGGCGAGAGAGGAGCAGAUGGAAAGGUUAAGGUGAAAGGAGAUGGUUAUCUUCUACACGAGAUACAAAGGACAAAACCUAAGAUGGUUGUCUGUGGGCAUAUCCAUGGGGCAUUCGGUCUCACUAUCAUCCAGCAUGAUGGAAUCCAGGACUUAAUAGAUGGAUCACAGAUUGGAUGGAAGGGGUAUGAUUUACUCGGAACUCUGAAACAGAUUGUUUGGAGUAGGGUCACCACAGGGAGAGAUAUUGAUUGCUCGAGAGAAACCCUUGUCGUCAACGCCGCCAUUGCGCCAGAUAAUAAGGGAAAGGAAGAAAAACUCCCGAUUAUCGUCGAUUUUGCAUGA